CCCUUUCUGGGUGCCAAUAUGGAUCCUGGUGUUCGCUCAAUACGUGGCGGGGCACAUCAUUGGAGGCUUUUUGCUGGGAUACAAGGCAACUUACCCAGAGUACGACAUGGAGCCGAGAGCCGACGGCAAUGGCACCAAGAAAUCGGUGUAGUGUAUUGGGAGCACUUGCACACGACUUGGUGUUCAAGCGGUACCAGGCUUUAGGUGCAAGGCAUUUAGGCUCAUUGCCCUAUGAACUGGGGACGGUACGAGGAGAAACAUGGUUGCAGGGCUCUUUAUAUGGGGAAACACAAGGAUUGGAAUGUUCACUGCCAGGAUCUUUUUGUAUUCCGACGAUCAAUGCUCUCAAUUGCCUUAGACAAUCAAGUACCUUCAACGAAUGACCCGACCCAUUAGACACGUGUCCAAUGGAGCAC